CCCGAGGCAAGCGCGAGCCAGGUUCGGGAGCCGGGCGCUACUGAAACGGAGCAGCUAGGGUUUGGCACCAUACGUGCGAGGUGCCACGAUGCACACCCCCAACGGCUAAGUGUCGCGCGUGCGUACUUGAGGAAAAUUUGAAUUCGGGCUUAAGAGUAAUAUGGGGUAGCUUUAGGUAGGCAGAUCGCUCGUCGCAGGAGCGUCGCCGGGCCUUGCCUUCGUGCCUUCGUUCGUUGCGCUGAUCGAUUUCCAUUUUCCACGAGCGAUACGAAACGGACCGAAACGACGAGGUCGAGGGCGACGAAGAAGAGGAAGAGAGCGGGCGCGGUAGUGGUGUAGAUUAGGGUCGAUGGUUGGCAAGCAACCAGGCAAGGUUGUCGAGAGAAAGAUUGUGUGAAAGGGUCUUCUUCUCUCUGCGAAGCGCAACGGACAGCUCUGCGACGACCUCCUCGUUCGGUCGGAAGGGGUGGUGGUGCUUGUGGGUUGUAGGGCUUUGUAGCAUCUGCUCGGCCGCGCUACGGAGCGCUCGUUCGUCGUUGGUGUUUUUGAUUUGGAUACAAGGACUGGGGGAGGAAAGGAAAGGAAAGGAAAGGAAAGGAAACGGUCUUGCGUUGAGGAGGGCCGAGGAGAGGCGGUGGGCAGGGCGGGGGAGGGCAGGGGGUUGCAAGGAGAGAAGUCGGAAAAGUCGGUUGCAGAUUUUUGAAACGGACCGAGGAAAUGAGUGAACCGGUAUAUUGUCUCAACGUUCGACGAUGGAGAGGUGUAAGAGGCAAAAGCAAGCACGAGGAGGGUCGAAGGAAAGAAUGUUUUCUGUCACUGAUGCGUUAGCUUUGGAUACGUAGAGAUUCACAGGAAGGGGCAUCGACUACAAGGAUGAGUCAAUGGGAACAAAAGCAUAGAAGAGGUGUUGUAAGUAGUAUAAAGUGGCGGAUACUGAGGUUGUCGGGAUCGAAGACAGGGGUGGAGUUUCGUGUGGUUAGAGCAGGUAGGCAUGCGACUAGUUGACAUACAGAGGCAACAGCAAGUGGUUAGAACUUGGUCGAGUAGAUUGUCAUUAAAGGUUACCCGUGCAGGUACAGACCGGAAGAUAUCCCCAGCUUCUUAAUCUGCAACUGCAGCACAUUGUAGCAGGUUGCUGAGCAGAAGAAAGAGGGCCUAAUUUGUAAAAUACAGGAAAUUGCAGGGAGAGGGAAUAAUGCUGAGGUUUUUGAUUGUUGGCCAAGCGGUGCGAGAGGCGUUAGGAGCUUCCGGGUCUAAGAUAUGUUUAUGAUUCGAGCUGGGGGAGCUAUGGCUACUCAGGACUCUCAGAAUAAGAUGCGCACAGGUCCUGUUCCCAGUUCGUCGGGAGCAGAAUCGGAGGACGAUGCUAUUCAUCAGUUACCUCCUGUGCAUGGCCGGACCGGUGGGCCUACCCGGCGAUCUUCGAAAGGAGGAUGGACGCCGGAGGAGGACGAGAUUCUUCGGCGAGCUGUGCAGUGUUUCAAAGGGAAGAAUUGGAAAAAAAUUGCGGAGUUUUUCCAAGAUCGAACCGAUGUUCAGUGUUUGCACCGAUGGCAAAAGGUGCUGAACCCGGACCUUGUUAAGGGUCCUUGGACAAAAGAGGAAGACGAUCGAAUAAUGGAGUUGGUUGGCAAGUAUGGGGCGAAGAAAUGGUCUGUUAUCGCUCAGAACUUGCCCGGUAGAAUAGGCAAGCAGUGCAGGGAAAGAUGGCACAAUCAUCUGAACCCAAACAUCAAGAGGGAUGCAUGGACGCAACAGGAGGACCUGGCUCUGAUACACGCUCAUCAAAUCUAUGGAAACAAAUGGGCAGAGAUUGCCAAAUUUCUUCCUGGCAGAACGGAUAACUCCAUAAAAAACCAUUGGAACAGUACAAUGAAGAAGAAGGUGGAUCCUAUGUCAGCCACAGAUCCUAUCUCGAGGGCUUUGGCUGCAUAUCAAGCACAGCAAGACUCUUUGAAGUCCGGAGGAUCCGCGAACUCCGAGCAAUCUAUGUGUCUGUCGAAUACAGUGGACGUCGUUUUGCCAUCUACAAGUGGAGUUUCGAAUUCGAACUUAUCUGCUAGGAUAAUGGCGUCUUCGACGGUACCACCGUCGGUUCGAACUUGCGAUGUAGCAGAAGAUUCUGCGGUGGACUCCAAACCUGCUAUACAAUUGGCUGCCCCAGCAGGAUCUCAGGUUCCCGAAAAGGACGAUAUAAAGGCUGUGAAAUCUGGGUCAAGAAAGGAAUUAGGCACAGCGUCCAAACCCCCCCUUCUUCCUCCUCCUCCCCCUCCUCGAGCAUCAUGUGCUGGAAAUCCACUCACUCAAUCGACCUGUGACACAGUAAACUGCACGCCAAUGGCAGUACCAGUUGUUAGCACAUCGUCUUCCUCUCUUCAGCGUCAGCCUUCUAGUAUCGAUGAGAAUGUCUGUGUUCCUUCUUCGGUCGAACUUUGCCGUGUUCCCAGUUUUUCCCGAAUGUAUCCUCUUGCCUGCUCUUUACCUGAAAGCACCACGUGCUCUGGCCAGUCCACUCCUGCUCUUACCUCUCUACCCUUGACGUCCUCUGUUUUUGGAAACGGAACAAUGAUUGGUGAUGUAGAUUCUGUAUCCGGCUCUGUCAUCGAGUCUGUAAACAUGAUGGCCCAACCUAUGACGCCAAUGGGAUAUAUGACCUUACACGAAUGCCAUUACAGCCAACAUCAACGAGCAGAAGAAUUGUCUGGUCCUUGUUUACCUCCUUACUCGAACAAUCAGAAAUUGUGUCUGAGGGGUGAUAUCUCAAAGGUAGGAACAGAGGAGUACUCAGAUGAGCUGCUUAAAGCAGCCACACAGGUAGUCAGUGAUUACCAGCCUUUGUCCAUGUUCGCAGAACUUGAACCAGAAGUUGAAGACACCGAGGGAGAUGCCGGAUUUUUUUAUGAACCUCCACGUCUCCCAAACUCAGACAUGCCUUUUCUGAACUACGAUCUUAUCAGUCCAAACGGCACCUCUCUACAAGCGUACAGUCCUUUGGGAGUUCGGCAAAUGAUCAUGCCUUCUGUCAACUGCUCUACUCCUCCAAGUUAUCCCAGUUCUUCUCCAUUCAGAGGCGGUAGCCCACAGUCUACGCUGCGAAGAGCUGCUCAAAGUUUUGGGGGAACGCCGUCAAUUUUACGGAAAAGGCCCCGGCCACUUGUAUCCAUCUCACGAGGGAAUAAGGAAGGGGAAGCAUCUGGGUUACAAGUUCGUGACUCCAAUAUGAGUGGAGGUUGUGUACAAUCAUCUGAUAAUGCUGCUGACAUGGCCCAUGAUUCUGCAUGUACAGUGACACCUGAUCGAAAUACAAGUAAUGAAAAUUCUUUUUUAUGCCGAUCAUUUGGUUCGGAUUCUUUGAUGUCUGCCGAUAUAUCUCCUUGUCACGCGAGACGAUUUGCUUCCCCUGCCUAUGAUCUUACCAGCAAGAACCUGAUGAAGAUCAACAGACUGGAAAUUGAGAAUGACUUUCAGUCAGGGUCAGGAUAUCCCUCUCCAGGGAGCAACAGCAGUGGAGGUGCUCAUACCAGGACCAAAGGCGGGGAUGGUAAGAGCGGAGGAUGUGUAAGUGGAAUAAAGUGUAAUAAGAGGGGAAGAUUUCGGGCAAUCAAUCCGGAUUAUGAGUCAAAAGCCAUCAAGGGAGGAGGAAAUCAACCGUCUCCAAAGACGCAGGAUCUCCCUGUCCUAGUAGAGCAGCGUCAAAAUGGUCAACAAGCUUGUUUCUCGGUAGAAGCAAGCUCCAUGACAUCCUGCGUUUUGAUGGCUCCUGGUGCAGAAGCCUAUGGUGGAGCCGGUAGUUUUGGGGGGGUCACUGGGAGAUAUGGAUGUUGUGAUUCAAAGUCCCAAUAUGAAGCAGGUCAUGUUGGAUCACAUGCUGCCGUAGUUGGCUCCCAGCCGAAGGGAUCCGACAAGAGGGAGAAUAUGGCUCUGAAUUCUGUUUCUUCUUUUAAUGCAUGGGGCUCAGCAAUAAGUCCCACGGUUUCAGGGUCAAAUCAUGGAGGCAAGGAUUGGUUCAACGCACUCGCCGACUUCGACACUUUCAACUUUGCUUUGAGUGGUGAUGGGAAUUCUCCGUCUGCCAUCUGGAGGUCACCGUGGAAGCUGGAUCCUGCCGUACCGAAGGAUGGUGUGAUGUCUUUGCUGGAGGGUAUGGAUAUGCUUGUGGAAGACGGAUCAGACGAUGCUUUAGGGAUCAUGAAGCAUAUUAGUGAGCACGCUGCGCCUGCUUAUUCUGAAGCUCAAGAGGUUUUAGCAAAAUCCGUUCUUAUGGAGUGCCAUGGUCGCGCGGCUUCUCCGAAUCCCGUUCACAGAUCUCGCCAGGAAGGAUCCAAUGAGUACAAAGAGAAUGUGAGAAGCAUGAACGAGCACGUUGAUAAUUGCCCGUCAUCACCUUUUGUCAGCUGGAUUGUGCCUUUCCCUGCAGAGAUGCUGUCACCAGAUGCAGCUGCCGGAGGGACCCCAUUGCGAGGAAGUUCCUUGGGGCACAGCUUGCAGGUUGCCGGAGGUGUUGACGAUAACCAACUGACCUUUGGAGGGGUCAGCAUGGUGGAUCCUUUCAGCCCUUCUUUGUAUCUGCUCAGGGAAUGUAGGUAGUUCGUAGUAUAGAAUAUCUUCGGCCAGCCCCUCCAUAUAUAUUCUUUAUAUAUGUUUGUAAUGUUUUUCAAAUAAGGUUUUGGUUAAGAGAAGUUGAUCGACAUCUGUGUAGCGGUCCCGCUUCUCGUGUUUAGGUUCUAUCAGGUGAGUAUGUGCUGCACUUUCUUUCCGCGAGACCUCACCCAACUGGAACAGAUUGUCGCUGUCGAGAGCUCAUAAGGCAGCAACGGAUAUGUGUGCGGAGAAUAAUGAGCAGUCUGUGUUUUGAUCUCCCAGUUUUGUAGAUGAAUUUGAAUCUAGUAGUAUUCUUGGGGCAUCCGUGCCGCUGGGGUGUAUGUGUAUUUUGUGCAUCACCUUUCUUUCUGUUCUAUCGAAAGACUUAAUUUUUUGACGCUGGUAGCUGCUGGCAAUUGCUACAUUUCGUUUUUUUGUUUUUCCUCACUGGAUCUCUUACAAGAAUUGUCAGUUGUUAAAAUGCAUGUAAUGAAGUAGCAUGUUGGCACACCAUAGUUGUGGGAUCUGUAUGCCAUUCAAGAGUGUCUAUCAUUUUUCGCAGAUGAACCACCACUAUCUCUUCUGCUUUCAAUUCAGAAACUCGCUUUUGUUCGUGAAGCAUCCUUGACAACUGAUGAACAAAACGUCUAUUUGGAGUAAUGAAAUGGUCAAUUAGAUAGCUCUUCUUCCCUGGUUCCGGUUGUCGUGUUUUAAGAAACCCGCCUGCCGCGAAAACAUAUCGAACGAAUAAGAUUUGUAUCAAAGUUAGCUCUUGCGACUCAUACUGGUCCUUCUCUACCUUACUGGCCUUCUCGUUGUUCACACAGUUUGUCGUUCACAUCACAUUCAUUGUGAAGAUUAGAAUUAAACUUCACUUGGCUAAGGCUCCGUCUUCGAGACUUUCAUUUCAACCUCGUCUUGAAUAUACUUCAGCUUCACAAUUGUGUAUGAAAUGAAAUAUUCGUCGCGAUCGCCUUUUCCUCCUUGUGGAUGUCCUGAAUACCAAAAAGUAGAUUUGAAGACUUGCACAGAAACUUACUUGAAAACUGCGUGAGAGACCCGUUGUAC